CUCUACCGCGACGUGAUGCGGGAGAACUACGAGACGCUGCGCUCCCUGGGGACAGAUGAGCUGCUCCCCCUCUCUGCCUUCCUGUCUCCUACGGAGCCUGGAGGAGCCACGGAAGGCAGGAGCCACGCUGGUGAGGGGCAGGAGCCUCCUAGGGGAGGAGGCCCCCUGGGAGGCGCACCCCCGCACAGCCUGCACCUCACUGCCCUGGUGCAGCUGGUCAAGGAGAUUCCGGAGUUCCUGUUUGGGGAGGUCAGCCCGGAGAGUGAGAGUGGGAGCGGGGCAGUCAGCCUGGACGGGGAGCGGGGGAGCCCCGAGGCAGCUGUGACUGUGGAGACUUGCCCUCUCCAAGGCCUGCUCGGCUGCCUUCCAAACACGCCUACUGGCUGGCCCCACCUGGCCACCACAUCUAGCAGCGGCUCAUCGUCCAGCAGCCUGCCUGGAGCCGGGGGCCAGGGGAGCCCCGUCACCAUCAAAACUCCUGACAAACCAAGACCUACAGAGAAGGAAGGCCCAGAAGCCCCAGGUGGGGAGCCCAGCCCUCCUACCUAUAGCCCCAGCAGGAAGAAGGGCCACGGAAGACAGGAGAGAGGGACCCUGGGGACAGGAAUCUCUCCUGGGAGCAGCCCCUUGCAAGGCCUUAUCAACUGCCUGAAGGAAAUCCUUGUGCCUGGACCCCAGCACCCUGAGGUGUCCCGAGGCUUGCUGCCUCCUGUCCCCGGCCAGGGCACCUCUCAGCUAACCGGAGCAGAGCUGGGGCCCGAGAGCCCACCCUGGGCAGUGAAGACAGAGGCAGCUUCCGGGGCUUGUCCCCUCCAGGGUCUGCUGAACUGUUUGAAGGAGAUCCCGGAGGCCCAGCACAGGCAUCCUAGCCCCUCAGGAGUAGGGGACCCACCACUACAGGAGGACCCAGGGGCCUGCCAAAGGAAUUCUGGAGGGCCCAGACCCCUGCAGACCCCUCCUCCCGGGCCUGGUCCAGGAGCUGGCAGCGUGCUCUCUGUGGUGAAGAUGGAGGACGGCUGGGCCCAGAGCCCCCCCGUGCCUGUGUCCUGUCAGCUCCGCAAGUGGACCCACAGCCCCUCUGCCGCCAGCAGCCAGGGGGGCGAUGGAGAGACCAGAGGGGCCCGAGUGCCCAGCUGGGGUCCCAUAGCUCAAGCCGGCAGUGCCUCGAGCUCACCCCUGGAAGCCCUGGAGGCCUGUCUGAAGGGCAUUCCCCUGAGUGGGUCGUUACCUCCCCAGCCGCCGGCCACCUCUGGAUUCCAGAGCCCUCAGCCAGGAGACCCCGGGUCUCAGAGGCCCGAGCUGCAGCCCUGCAGAUCACACAGUGAAGAGGUGACUGGGGGGCCUCUUCUGGCUCUGAGUCUGCAGGGCUGUGUGAGAGGCAGCCCUGCCCUCCCCUCAGGUUCCCACAGCACCCCUCCCAGCUUCUCCUCAUCCAGCAGCACCGAUGGGGACCUGGAUUUCCAGAGCCCUGGGGGCAGCCAGGGGCAUCCGCCUGGAAAAGGAAGCCCAGUGGGAAGCUCCCCGCUCCAGGGCCUGGAGAACUGUCUCAGAGAGAUACCUGUGCUCAGGCCGCAGUCAGCCUCGUCCUGGUCCUUAGCAGGGGACAGGGGGUCCCAGAGAGCGGAGCCCAAGAAUUGGGCUGCAGACAAGGAAGGACUGAGAGGCGAGGCCUGUGAGCCAGCUCAUCUGGGACAGAGUCCGGGGGAAGCACCCACCAGGAGCUUCCGGCUGGCCAGCCCCCAGGCGCUCACCUCCAGCAGCGUCCCCAUCUGCUACCAGCGAGGGCUCAAAGACCAUGGGGCCACCAGGCCGGGGCCGUGGAGGUGGCUCCAAGAUGGCGCAGCCACGAAGCCCUCCCCACUCCACUGUCUGGAGAACUCUCUGAAGGGGAUCUUGCCUGGGAGGCCCCUGCGCUUCGCCUGCUUGGCAGGCCCCAGCCCCAGUCCCAGCCCCAGCCCCAGCUCCAGCUUCAGCAGCUCAGAAGGAGACGAGCUCUGGCAGCUGCUCCCUCAGGAGAGGGACCGUCUUCCUGGCUGCAAGGCUCCUGGCCCUCUGUCCCCGCGCCCGGGCAGCGCCCCCACUGGCAGCAGCCCUGGUGAAGGCCCAGGGAGAGCAGAGCCCGCGGACCACUGCAGGCUCAGUGCAGGAAAAGCAGAAGAGAAGACAGGGGGCAGGUCCCAGUUGCCCUGGAGAGACGUGUACUCAGAAACCCCGGGCCGGCAAGGCCCCCUGGGCAGUGCUGGAGGAGGGGCAGCUGGGAACCCCUGCCCUGCGCCUCAGGCAGAGAAGAGGCCUGGUCCGGGGCCCUGCCAGCCUCUUGGAUCAGCCCCUGGGCCCCUGUCCUGGAAGCCCAGGGUCAGUGAAGAAUCCAGGGGUCCAGGGUCUGGAAAUGGAAGACCAAGUGUUGCAGCCGGGACCCCUGGGAAGCCACUUCCCAGAGGCCUGCCUGAGCCGCCCCCUGCAGCUGCCAUCCGUCCGGCUUUGCCGCAGGCGCCCCCCCAGCCGUGCCCCUGCGGAAGCUCUGUGCAGCCCGAGCUCCGCAGCCUUGGCGCCGCCCUCUCGGAGAAGCUGGAUCGGCUUGCCGCGGCCCUGGCAGGCCUGUCUCAGGAAGUAGCCACCAUGAGGACCCAGGUGGAUCGGUUAGGGAGGCGCCCUCGGGGCCCUGGGCCAAAGUGCCAGGCUUCCUGGCCGUGGGCCCCCUCCCGGGGACCUCGCUGGGCCAAUGGCCCUGCUCACAGACACCUCCCCUACUGGAGACAGAAGGGCCCCACCAGGCCGAAACCAAAGAUCCUGCGUGGUCAGGCGGAAGGCGGCAGGGCUGGUGACGUCUUAGGCCUCUCCUGCCGAAGGUUCCGCCCGGUAUCUCAGCUGCCUCCAGAUGCCCCCACGGCAGAACCUUCUGGGCCCAACUCCAGCCCUUCCCAGCAGCCGCUCUCAGCACGCAGCUGCCAUGCCGUGGUGCCUGUGCAUCCUUCCCUUGGACACACUGGGGGUCACCGGAGUCCCCCCACCCCUUCAGUGCCUACUGCUUUACCCCCGCAGAUGGCUUCUGCGGCCAGGGUCGAUGCAGAGCCGCAGUUUGCAGCCACGGUGCCGCCUGGGGCUGGCAGCCAGCCCAAGGAUCCAAACAGCCUGAUGGCGGGGGGCCAGAGAGCCCUUGAGGAGCAGCUGUGGGGUGGGGAACACAGCGCGCCGAGGUGGGGGGCCCCUAACCACCUUCUUCAUCAGCUCAGUCCUGCUGAAGCUGUCCCGAGCCUGGCCACUUCUCCUAGGGGCUGUCCUGCACCCUUACCCUGCUCCAGCCGAAACUUCCCCACUUCUGGGCCGUGA